AUGGAUCCGUUGUCCGUUGAAGUUGCUGUAAGUCAAAUUGAUGAAGAAAGUGUUGCAACUAACAAUCAAUUAUCAUAUACCGCAACACUGUCUUCAUCUUAUAUCGCUCCAGAAGAAUUGGAUGAAGAAAUCAAAGAGAAAGAUAAGGAAAAAGAAAAGGAGAAGAAAAAGAAAGUGUUGAAAAUUCUGGAGGAACCAAUCAGAAAACGAAAAGAUACCGCUAACUCGAUAUCCAAUUUUUUCCAUCGAUUCACAACAAAACCCGAGAAGAAAAUCGCAUUCGCCGAAGAAGUGAAUAGACCUGACAGAUUACUAAGCCCAGAAGUUGAGGAAAAAUGGUUCGAAUCCGAUACUUUUUUGCCAUUUGGACAUGAAGGAGGUGCUGAAUUAUAUGAAUGGGAUCCGUUGACAAUGAAUGAGACUCUAGUUACUGGUGAAACUGGAGAAAAAGCUGGAGAAAAUCAAAAUUUAACACAAGAAAAUUCAACGUUUUUUGAAGAAAAAAGCAUGCUGAAAUUGUUGGAAGAAUUUCGAAAUGGAGAAAUGCGUUGGCUUGCUGAGCCACAAGUUAGUGCAAUGUGUCGAGUGAAAGAAGCACAUGAAGAUGUAACAAAAACUCAUUUGAUGAUUCAUGAUAUUGAAAAAGAGCGAAGAGCUGGAGUGGAUUUAGGAUUAGGUUCAGUAAGUUUACUGUUGAAAAUCUAGACAAUCUAAUGUAAAUAUCUAUUUCAGUUCACAUCCGAAGAAGAAAUCGAAUCGGACAAAAUAAUUGAACAACUUUUCGAGCAAAUGAAUGUGCAAAUGACAAAAAUGCACACAUUUUUGGACAAAGUUCCAUUUUAUGAUGAUGCUCAAAAUUUGGCGCCAAAUGACGAAGAAUAUUACUCGUCUUAA